ACAGAAUCAAGUUCAUCUUUCACUCAAUUUUGUAGAAUUACAGAGGCAUCUGCUCCUCGUUCUAUCUCUCACUGCAGUACCAAUUUCAAUUACAUCAAACUACAACCUUCAACAAAGAUGACGACCCUUACAGAGUUCACCUGCUUCCCCAAGCUCCCAGCGGAGCUCAGAAUGGAGAUUUGGAAGCGUGUGCCCCAGCCAGAGCGCAUCGUUGGCUGGAUCCCCUGCGGAAAGUGCAGAAACAUCUGUAGACGCAAGUCUAGAAGCAGAGAGGAACAAGACGGAAAGCCACUUGCCAGACAGCGAUGUAUGCAGACAAAUCAUCCAAACUGGCUUGUCAAAUAUAUUGUACAUCCGCGUAAAGACGCCAUUUUCGCGCCGUUGCACGUCUGCCGCGAGUCGCGGGAGCUGUGGAUAACUCAAUACUACAGACCUCCUCGACACAUUGUUGUCAACGAGAUGGGGGUCAAUAUCCCCGUCCAAUUCAACGUGCCUUUCCUCAGCUAUGAGCACGACAUCUUCACCAUGUUUGGGGCCUGGAGCUCCACUAGCAUCUUUGACAUGGAGAUCUCAAUGGAGGCGCCGAUUGAACCGUUCAUCGGCCUUGAUCGGGCGCUUAUCCAACAUGGCGGAUACGGCGAGAUACUUGAUCUCUUCUUCCCCGCGUCUACCCUAUUUGAAGUCAACGAGCUUCCCGCUCUCAAGAAGCUAUCUUUGAUUACAAUGGGGCCUCAGCCCCAGGAAGAUGAGGACCAGGAGGAUGGAGUGCUCAUGCAAAUGCACGCAUGCGUGGCAGAGCACUAUGAUUGCCAGAUAAUCGAUCUUGUGAACCCCGAGGUCGGGGAGAAUUCCAUCAUUCUGAACGAGUGCCGACCGCGCCGGAAGCCCAUCCAUUGGUAUACCCAGGAAAGGCAGUUUGACGGAUACUACGACUACUGGAAGGCAUGGCUGUGGCAUGUCGUCGAAGCGCAAGCUCAUUUUCUCAUCAAAUCGAACGCCGUUUCAUGGUGGAUGAUUGUCAACUUUGCCAUUGCAGAAAAUCCUGCGUGGAACUUGCCCCGUACCCCGGAGGAUUGUCCACUGUACCCAGAUCAAUGCAGCGGCCCGGUAGGACACAGGAGGUGCGUUAUAGACAACUGGCAGCCCAGGUUUAAAAUAUCUUGCAAGUAUCUAUGUGAGGAGAAAUGGGUCAAGGUCUUACGGGAUGAUCUUGGUGUCAAGAUUGAAGGGCAGAAGCGGCCAAUCGACAGAGCGGCGAAAAAGGGAGAGGAUGAACGAGUUCGAGACUUCAUCAAUGCAAGGUAUCCAAAGUUCUGGAAAUGGUGGCAAGGCGAUGUUGAGUAAUUAUGACAAUUUGGAGAUGAAGUCUGGGAGAAGGCUCUGGUUUUUAUUAUUAUAUAGUAGUGCUUUGGUGAUUUCUUUUAGGUCAAAAUUCCAUAUCAACUUUUCAUUCAUCUUCUUG